UAUGGAUCUCAAGCCAACCCUUCCCCACUCACUGCUUGGUUGUCUCAUCAUCAUCUUCCUCAAAACACUCACUCACCUUUCUCAAAUUUCUUUUUGUCUUCAUCUUCACAAGUGCUUCAUUUUUUUUUUAGUACAGGAAUCUCAAGCAAUACUGACAGCACCACAUAGAUCUCUCAGAGCUGUCCAUUUUGACCAAGAUUUUGCUGAAACAAAGUAGAGUUUCACUCAUUUCCAAUACUAUAUAAUUUAUUCAGUUCCCCUUCAAAGACAAAAUAUCAAGCAAAAUACAAAUGCAGAUCCUUCAAUGGCUCUUUAAGGUAGCACAUGAACAAGGAAGGGAAAAUACUAGAGAUCAGGAAGAAAAAUCCAAAGACAUAGUUUUCUCAAAGCAUAGAAGAUCAAAAAGUAAGAAGUUUAAUAAGUACUUUAAGCCAAUCAUAUUUCCAUGCAAUAGAGAUGUUGCAAGGGCCUGCUUCUAUAGUACUAUCUAUUUGAGUAGAGUGAGGAGCUCUUCUCAUAGAGGACAACAACAGCAUUGGGCUCAAUCCAUGAAGAUGAAGAAGAAACAAGAUAUCGCUACAGGGUUCGGUGUUAGUCCAAAGUCGGAUUCAGGUACUCGUACAGGGGACAAGGUCGUUUUACCGUUAAGUGAACCCCCGGCGGAAAAUGACCAAUGCAACACCAUUGAAAAGAAAGAAAAGGUUAAAGGGGACAAAACCAAAACCAUGUCUAGAAUGAAGGAGCUGUUGAGAUGGGCCGCUGCUAAGAAACCGGAGAAAUUAGGCGGGAAGUUCAUCGGCAGAAAGGUUUUACAGUUUAGGAGCCGUGAAGCAAUGAAAGGAGUGUCGGGUGAUCAUGAUCAAUUGAGCAAUGAGUCACCUAAGAUAAGCUUUAGGUGGGAUGUCCAGAGCUCCUCCACUACUUCCUCAGCCUAUUCUGGAAUCACAGUGACUUCUUCGUUGAGAAAUGAUGAAACCUGCAAUAUAUUAUCAUUGAAUUCAACUCCUAUGCAUGGCUUAAACCGUUGUUGUAGCAGGAGAGGGAAUUGGAUAACUACAGACUCUGAAUGUAAGACUUACAUAUAUAUAUGUAUAUAUAUGUGUGUGUAUGUAUUCUUAUGGUGUUCCAAGUCACUUAAUUAUGUUUGUAUGUUAUUGUGGACACAGUUGUGGUGCUUGAGCUGUGACGAUAUGAGAUAAAGAGAAGGUGAUGGUAGGCAGAAGCUGAAAAUUUUCUUUUGGGGGGAGUGUAAAAAGGAAAAGAAAAGAAAUACUCCAUUGGUAUAGGCUUAGAUUUGAUUAAUUAAAGUUGAUUGGUUAUUUGUUGAGAUAUUUUAGACAUUAUCCAGUUAGAUGUGGAAAUAUCAGUGCUAUGGAUCUGAAAUGUAACAUCGAAGAUUACUCAACAAUAUUGACCUACGUGCCCAAGCUGACUUCAAUCCAUUUUCCAUCGCACGAAGUUAAAGCCAUCUACUGUUAAAAAACAGGCUUUUUAAGCUUAAUAUAGGCACUGUAUCUCUGUGUCUCGUUAGUUCAUGCCUUUGUCACAAGCAAUGUUUCUUCAUAACAUAGAUUACUCAUUCAACUCAAUUACUCAAAUUAUAAAUAUUGAUUAUUUAAACUUUUAA